GCGUAAAUAUUUUUUUUGUAUUUCUUUUUGUUAACGAGAGUUGUUUUAAUUAUUUAUUAAAGCCGUCCUUCCCAGAAACGUUGAAGAAUUAUGGGGAAACAAAAGAAAAAUACGAAGAAUUGUUAUCGAUAGGGCGCGCAAAUCGCGCGCGCUCAGCUCAGGUGCGCACACACGUACGUGUACGUACACACACACACAUAAAUGUGACACAUAACUACUACUCGUGUGCCUCAUGUCGUGCCUGCUGCCUCUCCUCGCGAUUCCCGGCCCUACCUCCCUCCUCGUUACACCGCUGACGUCCCACCUACCGCCGUCAUGUGCCCCAUGUCGUUGUACACCUUGAUUUCGUGAUUCGUCGCACACCUCUUCGGCUCGCGGGGCAUGAGACAGGACAUCUUGAAGCAGUCAUGAGUUCCGAAGACGCGGUCGACAAUGCGGCGGCGGCAGCUAAUUCCUCCGCUAUAGCGUUGAAAACAAAGAAUUGGGUCCAAUUCGAAGACGAUGCCGGUCCGAAAGAGGCAGCUAUUAACGCGGAACGAAAAGCAAACAGCGGCAGCGCGUCCGCUGUAAUAAGACCGGAAUCGGUUACAAUGCAGGUUGACAAGAUCAAUAGCGGUAUCGAUCCACCUGAUAUUAACGAUAAGAAACCCAACGAGUACAGAGGUGCUGUGAUAGCAACAGAAUCCGUCCAGAUUAACUUAGAUAGAUCAGGUUUAAGUCGUUCCAUAACAGCCGAGAGUGCGGAUCUUAAAUUACCGUCAGACGUCCGAGCACCGGAGGCUAACAAGAGCGCCUCGUUAAAGACCAUCGAUCUGCGAGAUGUGUCCAAUGGCAGAAGUACGUCGAGCAAUGUUAUCAAUACAUCGGUCGGAAACAUUAGACAGGGUUUUGCAAACGGCGACACUAUUGUCACUCUUUUGCCGGUUAACACCAAGUGGCCGUGGAUCACUCCAGCCAGAUUUCGACCGGAGUUAGUGCCGGAGGAAUUGAUGGCGCAAGGAUUAACGCUCACAGUGGAAGAUUAUGUUCAUAUAAUGGAGUUGCUUGUGAACGACGUGCGCUUCAACAUGUACAACGUCUGCUACAAGAGAAUCCUCGUUCUUUGGAUAUUUACUGCUUUCAUCGUGUUGCUCGGUCUGCUGUUCUCGGGCGUGACCGGUCUCACUUUGUUCGGACUCGGCGUUAUGUGGUUGAUGCUGAACGCGGCUGCGAUAUUUUUUUGCAUGUUUAUCAAGAUAAAGCUCAAUCACAACCUCGAGAAGUGUAUGGCUCAAGUCAACAAACACUUGUUAAGGCACAAAAUAUUACUCGGACUGGACGACAGGGGAAAGAUUUCCUGUCACAAAGUCAAUCUCUGUUUUAUAUACUUCGAUACUACUGAUUGUGUUAAAAAGCUGCAAGAAAUAAUAGAACGGGAGGAACAGGAGGGCAGAAUAUUCGGUGACGAUGCCAGAGAAUCAAACCGACAACGAGAGUUGCAGCAGCGUAUGGAUAUUGACGACAGCGACAUUGUUAUACAAGGCAGUACUACUACGAGAAUUUCUCGUAAACAGGCUAAAAACGAACAAGUACUCUGCCGUUACGUGCAACGUUGGGCUAAGGAUUACUUACGUCGACGUUUGGAUUGGACAGUCGACGAGGAGGGUGGAAAUCCUUCUUCGCCGCGUCAUUUAGCGUCCGCUCUGUGUCCGUGUCAGUAUAUUGAAGAGUGGUUACGCAAUAAGCCGCGCGUUCAGGGCCGAGAUUUUUGUCCCAGAUGGAGUAGUUUUCUGAGAGACAGAGGCAUUUGAAAUACAGUCAUUCCGUAAAGUUUAAAAAAAAAAAACAAUUUUAAUCAAGAAUAUGACGAUUCUUUUUAUACACAUAUAUUAUAUAUAUACAUUAUCUCUUACAUAGUAUACUUAUAAUCGUUAAACUUUCUUUACGUCCUAAAGAAACUUUGUUUCCAAUUUUAUCAUUGCAAUAAUCUUUGAAUAGCCGAUAGUUUGCUCAAAGUGUAAAAAAUAUGUACAAUUACGGGCAGCUUCUACAAAAAUGGUUAUUUUCGCGAAUUCGAAAAUAACAUGCGUAUUACAAUUUUGUUCAAAUGUAGUCAUUUUUAAAGUAUAAAUUUAUCUAUAAACUCUCACAUAUAUAGCAAGCACAUUUGACGUCCCAAAUUGACAUUAUUGUGACAUUAUUGACAUUGUGACAUUAUUGACAUUGUGACAUUAUUGACAUUAUUGUGUAUAAAUACAGUCUAAUGUUACAAAUUUCUAGACGUUAUUAUAAAUAUUAUAUAUUUAAUAAAAAUUGGAAUGUUCACAUAUUAAAGUAAUAAAGAAAAAGAUAAAAAAAAACAAUAAAAAAACUAUCAGACAAAAAGGGAUAGAAUACACGAAUUACAAAUAAACUCGAGAUUCGAUCCUUAUGGACUUUUUUUGUUAUAAUUUUUUUACCUGGUUUUUUAUGCAGAUAAGCUAGAUCAGAGCCAAUUAUUAUUGAUUAUUUAAUGUGAACGUCCAAAUGUGAUAUAAUACUUUUAAUACAUCAAGAAUUUGUAACAUUAGAUUGUCAUUUUUACAUAAAAAAAAUUCUACCGAUGUGAUAAAGACAGUAGAAAUGAUUAAUUUAGGACGUCAAAAUGAUAUAUGUUUGCAACUUGGAAUUAAUUGAAGCGCACAAUACGUACGGAAGACAGAAUUUUACUUAAUUUGAUUUAAAAUAUGCGCUUUAGACACUGCAAAAAGGUAAAUGCUGAAGAAAUUCUAAGGUCUCCAGUCUUGUUGAGGUGUGAACUUUCAAUAUACAUUUACGAGCAUGUGUGUUGAUGCAGUAAGAUUUUAUCUCUUGAUUAUUAUUUUAUUCAUUGAUUAUUAUUUUUAUUGAUUGUAUUAUUUUAAGAAUUGUUUUACGAAUUUUAUACAUAUACAUGUGGAGGAAUAAAAUAUACAUACAUGUUUUAUUCCUCUACAUGUACAUAGUCUACAUGUACUUAAUUUUAUACAAGAAUGUAUUUAAGUAUACAGAUAAAACUACUACACACA